GGUUGACAUUGCGUUGGCACUGUUGGAGGAAGGGAGGAAGUGCGUUGUGGUGCGUUAGAGAAGAAAGUCUCAAUCCGCUUCCGCUCAUGACGGUACGGGAACGACAGGAGCGGAUCAGAUCGGGAACAACAAGAGCGAAUGCGUAACAGCAGGACAUCGCAGGAAGCAAGCUCGCAUCCCCCUGCUGCCGCUGCCGAGGUUAUCGCCGCGUCCAAUACCAACACUCAAAUCCUGUUGUAAUCCACCAUCCAAAAAUACGCGAUAAAGAGUGUGCGUGUGAUUGCGUGCGUGCGUGCGUGAGUGCACUUUGGGGACCAAAGGCCCGUCACCAGGUAGUUCGCACCGUAGCACAAGAGUCGUGACGAAGCAAAACAGGGGACCACCAUUACGGGCGGUUCCUGCAAUCAGGCAUCGUUGAAGACAACGGCGACACCACCGCCACCGUCGCCAUUGUCGUCGCGGCAUUGUAAUCAUCGUGCUUGGAUUCGAAAACUCGCAGAAUUCUCUGCCUCCCACUUCCCCACAUACCCCUUCGAUACGUCGCUUUUCUCCACGUAUCCCGCUGGAACGAAGUACCCAGGUGUGUGCGUGCGUGAGAGAGUGUGAGACGUGCAAAAUCUCUCUAGCUCUCUCUAUCUGUUUGCGUACGCGUGUGCGACCGUGCGUGUGUCUGUGCGUCUGUGUGACUGUGUGUCGGUUUGGUGUUCCGAGGGCGAUCUCUAGUAGGCUAGGUGGCUCCCGUUUUCUUCGUUGGCCGCAGCAAAAGACUCUCUCUGUGUAGCGCGUUGUGCAACGGUGCAACCGGGAAGGUUUUCGGAUUCGGGUGCCGACCACUGUCGUCUCUUCCGUGGCCAUACACGGCGUUAAUAGGCGGUCACUGCUAAACGGAAUCAUCGGAAUCGGAGAUAGUACCAGCACCGUGCCAGCCGUCUAGUCCUGUUGCCUGCGUCCACGGCCAACCUAUUAGCGACCUCGGCGUUGUGGGUGUAAGGUGCUGCAGCCUGCGCGCGUGAAGGUGCAUUGAGCGCCACCAACCGUGACGUCACUCACCCACCACCACAAAGGCAGCCGCAACACCACGACACCUGUCAGAAGAAGGCCCGGUUGACAUCCUGUGCUUUGAUGGGUAUCCCUUAGCAGCUUUAACAGAAGGAAACUGUCCCGCCGAGACGCCCCGACAGCCAACGAGCCAACCGACUAAUCGCAUCAACCAACCAACCAAUCAAUCAACCAACCAACCAAGCAACCAACCUACCCCCACGCCACGGCUCUACUUCCGGUGAUCGGAGCAGCGCAGUAGGAGGAAGCAAAAGGAUCAAUCACACGCGCGAAUCGCAGCAAGACGAUGGACGGACUUAUGCAGUCACAGGUGCACGGCUUGUCCCCCUCGACGACGGCCAUCCGCAAGAAGGAUGCCGAGGCGAAGGAAAAUCUCUGGUCUUCGAUACUCAGCGAGGUACAAACACAGAGCAACACAAAGCUUCCAUCGAACAAGUCGGUACUGGUGCUGGGCGACAAUGCGAGCGGCAAGACGACACUGAUCGCCAAACUGCAGGGUGUUGAAGAUCCGAAGAAGGGUUCCGGUCUGGAGUACGCGUACAUCGAUGUGCGCGACGAGUACCGUGAUGAUCUCACCCGCCUCGGAGUAUGGAUUCUCGAUGGCGAUCCGGGCCACAAUAACCUGCUCAAGUAUGCCCUCAACGAGCUCAAUUACGCACACACGCUGGUCAUACUGACGCUGUCGAUGACCGCGCCGUGGAGUUGGGUAGACCAGCUGCAGCAUUGGAUGAAGAUACUGGAGGAUCACAUCGCUGGGUUGAAAAUCGAGCUAGAUGAGAAACGACAGUGUCAGCAGCGGUUAGCGAACGAAUGGCAAAACUAUUGUGAAACGAUAGACGACCUCGAUCCCGGCUCACCGAUGAAGCGCACCAAUCGGCUGACGACAGUGGACGAGGAGCUCGAUGCUCUGCCGUUGCCGGAAGGUGUUCUCACUACCAACCUGGGAUUGGACGUAGUAGUUGUCGUCACGAAGACGGACUACAUGAGCACACUCGAGAAGGAGCUCGACUACCGGGAUGAGCAUUUCGACUUCAUGCAGCAGUGGAUCCGGCGGUUUUGCCUUAUGUACGGUGCGUCACUGUUCUACACCAGCGUGAAGGAGGACAAGAACUGUGACCUGCUCUACAAAUAUCUAACGCACCGGAUCUACGGUCUUCCGUUCCGGACGCCCGCACUGGUUGUCGAGAAAGAUGCGGUAUUGAUACCGGCUGGAUGGGAUAAUAUGAAGAAGAUUAGCAUACUAUACGAGAAUAUGCAGUCGUGCAAGCCGGAAGACUACUAUAAUGCUAUCAUCGCACAACCGACAACAAGGAAGACCGUGUCAAACCGUGAGGUCGAGAUAGAGACGGAGGAGGAGCAGUUGUUCCUGACGCGCCAGCUACAGCUGCUGCAGCAAGGUCAGUCGCCGGCUCGUGGCGAAUCACCACUGCGAUCGCAGCCGUCCACUAUCAUGAAGAAUAGCCCGCGAACCCCGGUUGCCACCGUUGCGCAAGGUUCACCCAAGAAGGUCGAUGGUAAGCUAACGCCUGGCACACAGAGCGGUGAGGGUGUGCUGGCGAACUUCUUCAAUUCGUUGCUGCACAAGAAAUCGAUAACACCUGGAUCAGCGGCGCCUGCCGGUGGUGUGGCCACCGGGCUCGGCAGUCCGGUAGGACUAUCAUCAACCCCAAUGCGCUCGUCCACGGUGCCCGUCACCAAUGGCGUUAGUAUGAUUGGACCGGAUGGCGUGUCGCCCAGCGACAAGAUUACCAUGCGCACAGAGGCUGUCCUCGAACUGGACCGGCUUGCCCGGAGUGUCAAGCGGGAGGAAUUCUCACCCGCUCAGCAAUCAGACUGCUGAACAGCUACGGCUUCCACGUUAUGUCGCUACAAGCAUUGGGGUGCUCCUGAAACGAUUGUGCCCGCUCUUACCUUCCACCUUCCCUUUGUUUUAGAUUUGAAGCGCGAUGAAUUUGAAGGAAGCAGCAGCACCAGCAACAGCAGCAGGGUUUUAUAGAGUAGCUGAGCAUCGUCACGCCUACAGCAGGCGCGGCGAUUGUAACUAUUGUGAUGGGUAUAUGAAGGAUAUCAUGAACGAACCUCUUGAUGGCACAAGUUUGAUCCGCUGUGUACAGUUCAACCCCAACAGGAUUACGUUAGGAGUACUGGCGAGACGCUCGCUCUCGUCAGACCGGAUGAAUGUAAUGAUAAGUCCUCGUCUUCGUUUUAAUCAUGGUGCAUUGUGGGGCCGAUUUUUUGCUAGAUAUUUUCGCCAUGCCGUUUUACUCUACUCCGAGUGGUAUGUGAUGCGAUGUAGGAACUAUUAUGAAAAAGAACAGAGCCCCUGGAGUAUACCGUAUGAAGCGGUGCAGAGCAUUAUGUAGGGAACCCCAAAACCCCCUUCACUAUUCUUUUUGUUGGUUCGCUUUUGAUACUAUUAUAUUCAGAUUGGAAAAGGCGGGUGUUGCGGCACUCCCUUUGAGCGAGUAGCAAGCUGUAAUCCUAAAACAAUCGGUAAUUUUUACGUCAGGGAACGCGCAAUAAACUCAACAGGUUCACCUCCUUCUCAGGAUCUGCUAUCUGGUCCUUUCGGAACAUUAAGAGGCACCCGUAUGGCAAAAGGCAUUCAAGGUGGUUGGGUAAUGUUCAACCGGCCGCUAACCGCGCGCUUUGUAUGGCAGGUUCAGAAAACUGGCCGAUUAGUGGCCGGCCGGUUAAACAUUAACGGGGCGCCUUGUAUGCCUUUUAUCAUACGAGCACUCCCUAUUUGGUGGAUAGUAGGAAGCUUUUGUUUUGAUCCUCCCCGUAUUUUUGUUUUUGAUAGUUUGGUUUUUGGUUUUCUGUUAGGCUUUUGCAUAGACGGAAGGUGUGCUUAUUAUGCGCUUGUUAUGUGCCCACGAGUUCUAUUGCGCAUAGGUCAAGGUGGGAGAUUGGGCAGUGGUCUAACUUAAAAUAAAACAGUGAGCACAGUUUUGAAUGUGAAUAGUGAAGAAUUAAAGAAAAACAGAAAGAGAGAGUGAACGAGAUCUGCUGCUUUUGGGAAUACUUACAGUGCAUUGAAUUGUGAAUAAGCUAUUGAAUUUAACGAAUGAAACGCGGCAACCGCAUUAUAUAAUGGCGUCAAGGAACAAGACAUCGCAGAACAGAUGGAAAACUCAGAUUGACAAAGGGUUGAAGCUGGUUUGUUACUGUCGUCGCCAAAACCUCGAUUAAUUAUCAGUUUGAACGAGACUAACAGCGAAUGAGAGAAGAGAGAUAGAGAGACAGAGUUAGGCAGAGAGAGAGAGCGCGCGCACAAGAGAAAGAGAAAAAGGGAGAAAGUGCGUGUCUGCGAUAGACGGUAGAGCAUAAGUUCACAUUCUUAUUUAAACAAACUUCGGCGAUGGUCGUUGCAUACAUACUAUGGAACCAUAAACAGUCUAGGUAACCUAUUUAUAACGGCGAAGCUCGUCGUCGUCCUCGUCUUCGGAUUUGUCCGCUAACACCCCCUCCCCAAUUCCAAUGAGCAAGCGAAAUACAGCACAUCGGUAUUAAUCCGUGGCAUCGGCUUGGUCCGGUUAGAACACGGUGCGUUACCACCACAUCGCAAGCCAACAAAGUCCUGUCGUUGGAUGUGUGUGCAUCUGCAUUGAGGCAAAGCCAAAGUUUCAAAUGAAAAGGAAAACAAUAGAUGUACUAUCAGUAGCAACAGCAGUAACGGUGGCACUAGAUCGCUCGCUAGGGAUACCUCCUCGUUGGAACAUAGCUGCAACAUCGUAAAAUGGCUUCAAUCUAGCUUAAAUUGCACGUAACACAAGUUUGAAACAUUUUUGGUCUAGUUCCAAAUCCGGACGGAAAGGACAAUUCUAGCAUUCAACUCGAUUGGUCGACGGUGUCGGGCGAACGUUGCACUGUGCUUUGAGCUUACAAAAUGAGUUGUAAUUCGGAACGAAACAAUCCUGGAGAGGAGAUUGAUGGGAGGGAGGGAGCGAGGUUAAACCCACACCCCUCCCUCCGCCUCAAAUUAUUGGCGGACCAAUUUAUCUUGCUUAGGUGCGUGCGAACGGAUGCAGAGAGAGGAAGAGAGAAAGAGAGAGAGAGAGAGAGAGAGAGAGAGAGAGCGAGACCGAGAGAGAGAGA